AAUAAUGUGUUCAACCACCAAACGAGCGAGAGUCUCUCCGAGUUGAUAUAUUCAGCUGUCCUUGUUCAGAUACCCUUCAAGCUAAAAACGCAUCACUUCUGAACGACACUCUUUCUUCGGCUCCAGGUUAUUUAUUUUUUCAACUCCACGAUUUAUCUUGCUCGUGUUCUCAAAGUUGAUUUUAGUUUAACAGUCAAACUAAAGAAGUUCCUUUAACCAUAUGUGUAUACAGCUCGAAGUCGAGUUCAAAAUGACGCCAUUUAGAAAGGGCAAAACUAAUUUGAACGAAUUGAAACGUGAAAUAGAAGUAGACGAGCAUCGGAUACCCGUCCAAGAUCUCUACCGUCGCAUGAAAUGUGAUCCCCUCAAGGGUCUGACAACAGCUCAAGCGAAAUAUAACUAUAAACGUGAUGGUCCCAAUGCCCUGACACCUCCCAAGACAACGCCGGAAUGGGUGAAAUUCUGCAACCAACUCUUCGGCGGUUUCUCAAUGCUCUUGUGGAUCGGUGCCAUCCUUUGCUAUGUUGCCUACACUAUUGAAGUCGCCAAAAAUCCCGAAACUCUCAGUGAUAACUUGUACCUGGGUAUUGUACUGACGGUCGUCGUAGUAGUGACGGGCGUCUUCUCUUACCUUCAAGAAAGGAAAAGUAACAAAAUCAUGGAAUCUUUCAAAAAUUUCGUCCCUCAGUUUGCACUUGUCGUUCGUAAUGGCCAAAGAAUAACCAUCAAAGCCGAACAACUCACAGUCGGUGAUCUAGUGGAAGUCAGAGCUGGUAACCGCAUUCCAGCUGACAUCCGCAUCUUGGGGGCUCAUCAAUUCAAAGUCGACAAUUCUUCACUAACAGGGGAAUCGGAACCCCAAAGUCGCGGUCCUGAAUACACCAGCGACAAUCCACUAGAAACAAAAAAUUUGGCUUUCUUUUCAACUAACGCAGUCUAUGGUACCGCUAGAGGAAUUGUGAUUAGUAUUGGGGACAACACGGUGAUGGGUCGUAUCGCUGGAUUGGCUUCCACUGUAGAAACGGGCCGAACUCCGAUUGCUCGCGAGAUUGAACAUUUCAUCCACAUCAUUACUGGAGUAGCUGUGUUCUUGGGCGUGUCUUUCUUCAUCAUCGCCUUGUUUUUAGGGUACAACUGGCUUGAGGCUGUUAUGUUUCUGAUUGGUAUCAUCGUAGCUAACGUACCUGAAGGGUUGUUGGCCACCGUCACUGUCUGCUUGACACUGACAGCUAAACGUAUGGCCAUGAAGAACUGCUUGGUCAAGAAUUUGGAAGCCAUUGAAACCCUUGGCUCCACUUCGACUAUUUGCUCUGACAAAACCGGAACUCUGACACAAAACCGCAUGAUGGUCUCUCACAUGUGGUUCGACAACAAAAUCAUCGAAAGCGACACCACCGAAAAUCAAUCAUUAGGAAUCCAAUACGAUAAGUCGAGUCCCGGUUGGAAGGCCUUGUGUCGCAUCGCAUGCCUAUGCAGUCGAGCCGAAUUUGCAAGUGGACAACAAGGUGUUCCUGUUAUGCAACGUAACGUUAACGGAGACGCCUCUGAGGCCGCUUUGCUCAAAUGUGUUCAAUUCGCUACUGGUGAAGCUAUGUCCAUCCGGGCACGAAAUGCAAAAGUUUGCGAAAUUCCAUUCAAUUCAAUGAACAAGUAUCAAGUUUCUAUUCACCAGAACGAAAACAAGAAAGAUGGCCGAUAUUUUUUGGGCAUGAAAGGAGCUCCGGAGAGGAUCCUUGAUCUCUGCUCGACCAUUUACAUUAACGGGCAGGAAAGGCCCAUGAAUAACAAAAUGAAAGAAGCUUUUAACUUGGCCUAUAUGGAGCUCGGUGGAUUGGGUGAACGGGUUUUGGGUUUCUGCGAUUUCCACUUACCACUUGAUAAGUAUCCAAAAGGCUACAAAUUUGACGCUGAUGAAGUUAAUUUCCCCAUCAGUGGACUUCGUUUUGUCGGCCUCAUUUCCAUGAUUGAUCCACCUCGAGCUGCAGUCCCCGAUGCCGUGGCCAAAUGCCGUUCUGCUGGAAUUAAAGUCAUUAUGGUCACUGGUGAUCACCCGAUCACAGCAAAAGCCAUCGCUCGCUCCGUCGGAAUUAUUUCACAAGACAAUGAGACUGUCGAAGAUAUUGCCGCUCGUUUAAAUUUGCCAGUAAAUAUGGUUGACGCACGUGACGCUACUGCUGCCGUCAUCGGAGGUUCAGAGUUGCGUAACAUGAGUUCAGAUGAGCUUGACUUUGUCUUGCGACAUUAUCCCGAAAUCGUGUUUGCCCGAACGUCCCCCCAACAAAAGCUCAUCAUCGUCGAGGGUUGCCAACGUGCCGGUGCCAUUGUGGCCGUCACAGGAGACGGAGUAAACGAUUCGCCAGCCUUAAAGAAAGCCGAUAUUGGCGUGGCCAUGGGUAUUGCUGGUUCGGAUGUUUCCAAACAAGCCGCUGACAUGAUUUUAUUAGAUGACAAUUUCGCUUCUAUUGUCACUGGUGUCGAAGAAGGCCGGCUUAUUUUUGAUAACUUGAAGAAAUCCAUCGCUUACACACUGACAUCCAACAUUCCGGAAAUUUCUCCAUUUCUAGUAUUUAUUUUAGCCGAAAUUCCGUUGCCGCUUGGCACCGUUGCGAUUCUCUGUAUCGAUCUUGGAACAGACAUGGUUCCAGCUAUCUCACUGGCUUACGAAAAAGCAGAAUCUGACAUAAUGAAAAGACGUCCACGUAACCCCCAGACAGACAAACUCGUCAACGAUAGAUUAAUUUCCAUGGCUUACGGCCAGAUUGGUAUGAUGCAAGCUUCGGCUGGUUUUUUUACUUAUUUUGUCAUUAUGGCUGAGAACGGCUUCUGGCCGAAGUAUCUUUUCGGUCUCCGCAAGCAAUGGGACUCGAAAGCCAUCAACGAUCUCCCAGAUUCCUACGGACAGGAAUGGACUUACGAUAGCCGAAAGCAAUUGGAAUACACCUGCCACACGGCAUUCUUCAUUUCGAUUGUCGUCGUCCAGUGGGCCGAUUUGAUCAUUUGCAAAACCAGACUCAAUUCGCUAUUCAAGCAAGGAAUGCGCAAUCAAGCUCUAACUUUCGGCCUUUUGUUUGAAACGGGCGUCGCUUGCCUCCUUUCCUAUACUCCCGGCAUGGAUCAGGGUCUCCGAAUGUACCCACUCAAAUUGAACUGGUGGGUACCGGCCAUGCCAUUCUCAAUUUUGAUUUUCGUAUACGACGAGCUCCGUAAAUUAAUCAUUCGACACCAUCCAGGCGGCUGGCUAGAUCAAGAGACCUACUACUAGCUAAUAUGUAUAUUGCUAAUUUGCUACAAGGAGACAAAAACAAAUAGGUUCACUUUCCCCAAACAAGCGAGCCGAAAAUAAAAUUUACGUGUUUUUGUGAUCAGUAAUUUAAAUAAUUUGUUACAUCAUUAUAAAAAUGUGACUGUAAAGACUUUCCUCGACAAAAAAUGUUUGAAUUUUACCCAGAAAUAACUCGUUUCAACACUCAGUCCAAAAUUUCAAGAAUAUAAGAAUAUUUACCAAUUUAA